CCAUUUCUCUAUCACCCCGCGACUCUGUUUCGAUGACGAGUUCGACAUUUUGAAUCUUCAAAAUCUUCCAAGGUCUUUCUCUGAACAUAUUUUCAUCCGAUCAUGCCUUUGAAACCAACCAACCACUCUGAGUACCAGCGCGACAUCUAUGGGGCUUUUGCGCCGCCGAUCCAAUCCACGUGCCCCGAGAAACUCCAAGAACAGGCGAAAAAGGUCUUGACCCCAGAGGCCUGGGACUACAUUGACGGUUCGGCGGCUCUUGGUGUUACUCAGAAAGCUAAUCGGGAGGCCUUCGACAAAUACCCGCUCAUCCCUCGAAUGCUGCGUGAUGUCACCCAACGUAGUACGCGAGUUACGCUUUUUGGCAAAGAAUACGACAGCCCGAUUCUUGCGGCUCCCAUUGGCGUCCAGGAAAUUGCGCAUCGCGACGCCGAGAUUGCAACCGCUAAAGCUUGCGAGGCACAGAAUGUUCCCAUGAUCCUGUCGUCAGCGGCGACGAGAACAAUCGAGCAGAUCGGCAAGGCGAAUGGCAACGGCGAGAGGUGGUACCAGCUCUACUGGCCUAAGUCAGACCAUAUCACGAUAUCGCUGUUAAACAGGGCCAAAGCUGCUGGAUUCACAACCCUAGUUGUCACUCUUGACACCUUCGUUCUCGGCUGGCGCCCCCGCGACUUGGAUCGCUCGUACCUACCGUUUUUGUACCAGGGCCAAGGAAUUCAAAUCGGCCUCUCAGAUCCUGCAUUCAACAAAGACUUCGAGGCUUUGCCGCCUCCUUCGGCAAAGGACUUGAAAGAUCUCCUGAGCAGAGCUGGGAAGUCGCCCUUGCUCAUGGCUAAACUCAUCGCGAAAUCCAAAUCCCUCCGAAAGAGCAGGGCCUGGCUUGCCGAAAUGAAUUCAGGCACGUUUAAAUCAUGGGAUCAGCUGUCGCUACUGCGGAAGCAUUGGGACGGGCCCAUUGUACUGAAAGGCAUCCAGAGUAUUCAUGACGCACGUCUUGCCAUUGAGCAUGGCAUGGACGGCAUCAUUGUUUCGAACCACGGCGGCCGCCAAUUGAGCGGCGCAAUUUCAAGUCUUGAUUGCCUCGCGAACAUCUGUUCUGAUCCAUCAAUAACUUCGAAACUUACCAUUUUGUUCGACAGUGGUAUCCGCACGGCUAGUGACAUUGUCAAAGCGAUGGCAUUGGGGGCAAACGCUGUCCUCUUAGGGAGGCCUUACGUCUAUGGACUUGCUGUCAAUGGACAAAAUGGUGUCGAGGAAGUCUUCAAAUGCUUGAAAGCAGAGUUGGAAAUCACCAUGGGGCAACUGGGGAUUAGCGAGCUCUCUAGGGAGCAGCUGAACGGUGUCCUAGCGUCUACAGACAGGUACUUGGGUGUGGAGAAAUCGAAAUUGUAAUUAUUUUAUUGAACUUGUAGUACAAUCAAAAGCAAGUUCCAUGUCCU